AUGGCCCAUGAUGAUAUGUGGGAGAUUAGGAAGUGGCGGGGACGCCAUAGUUGUGAAGGUCAUCGUAAUGAUAGAGGACAUGCUAAUUUUUCAUCACCAAUGAUUGCUUUGUGUAUUCGCCAUCAGUUGCUAAAAAAUGCCGAGUUUAGUGCCGCCGCCGUAAGAAAUUUUGUUCAUGACAAAUUUCAUGUGGUAGUCAGUUGUAAGAAGGCAUGGUAUGCACGGAGAAGGGCUUUAGAGAUUGUAUUUGGUGGAUGGGAGGUGUCAUUUAGGGAUUUUCCAAGCUACAUGCUUGAACUGCAGUAUAGGAAUCCAGGCACCAUUGUUGAGCGAAGGCAUAACGAGUUGUUGAGCCAGGGUCGUACUAAAGUCUUCUAUUACGUGUUCUGGGCACUUGGGCCUGCUAUACAUGCUUUCCAGGACUGGGAGUGGUUUUUGGAUCAUGUCAGAAUUCAUGUGGUGAAGUACGAAAGGGAGGUAUGCAUCAUUUCGGAUAGGCACAAAGGAAUCCUCAAGGCUAUGCAUUCAGAUAUAUGGAAAAAGCCGCCGAUAUGUCACCACAAAUUUUGUUUGAUCCAUGUGAGGAAAAAUAUCUUGACAAAACUUAAGGGUAAGAGAGGUAAAGCGAAAGGCAUGAUAUGGGCAUUGGGUGUCACAACUCAAGUACGCAAGUACGUGAGAAGGCGACGUGCACUACGGGAGGAAAGUCUUAUUGCGAUACACGAGCUCAACAAAGCCAAAAAAGAGAACUGGUCUAUUUGCUACGAUGAUGAACUGAGAUGGGGGGUGCCCUCAACAAACAUGUCAGAGAGCUACAACAACUUGAAUGGUGGGCAGAUAGAAACAGAAAUACAACAAACCGAAGGUCGGUUGACCCCCUGGGCGAGGGACAAACUUGUUGCGAAUGAUGCGAAGGGGCAAAUGCAUUACUGUUCAGUAGUCGCCCGAGAAUUAGGUCAUUACCAAAUUCGAAGUCGUCCACGUGUUGAAAAUGGAAAGGCAAAGGGCGAUAACAGACAAGAUGUCGAGUUUAUGGAUUCAAAGUGCAGUUGUGGGAAGUGGCAGAUGUGGAGAGUCCCUUGUUCACAUGCGUACACCGUUGCCAGAGAUCGAGGUAACUCUAUUUUUGAACUCAUUGAUAAACACAACCACAAAGCUACAUGGGAAGCACAGUACUAUGGUGUCUCAUUUCAAGCACCAAGACACCAAGACUAUUGGGCAAAUCCUGGAUGGAAAUUGCGUAUCACCCCUGAGCAGUUGCUUCCUCGAAAGCGCGGACGAGGCAGAACAAGGAGGAUUCCUAAUCAAAUGGAUGUCCGCGAGGAAGAUGAACCGAGAGCGGCCAGCAAAUGCAUGAAUUGUGGCGUAGAGGGACAUGACCGAAGAAACUGCACAGUCGGUCGUGUUAUGUAG